AUGGACAAGUCCACUGAGAACCCCGGCAAGAAGAACGGCAUGUUUGCGAAGCUUAGAAGGAGCUUGCGGCUUCAAACACGGAAGAAUCCUCAUUCACCUGGUGGCGAGGAAGCCAAUGUCCUACGUGAAUUACCUGCAACCGCAAAGAACUCAGACUCUGUGGCUUCACCACAACCUCCGUCACCCGGUCUGAAUUCUGGCUCUGCAUCCACCUCUCCGAACAACAACCAGAAAAACGAGGAUGAUGAGUUAGAUGUUUCUCCUCACAAAUCCAGACCACUAACACGAUCAAACACAGAUCCCACUACGUCCACUUUUGAUAAUACUGUUAAGAGAGUGAGAGAAUCUUUUUACUUUAGACGGAAAAAGGACGAGGAUAAACCCCCCUCGAUCGAGGAAAAAGUGACUCCUACUUUUGAGGAAUGCCUUGAAGGACAAUACCUGUUUGAAGCCACUCAACAACUGAUCGAGAGGGAGAAACAUCUGUUUGGAGAGAUAACAGAGGCUGAUGCACUUAAAGAUCAUGAGGAAGCAGUAGAAAAGCUUUCUGCAGACCAUGAAGCACUUGAAGAGCGUAUAGAGCAGACUGUGCAGCAGAGUCUUUCUCUCAGCAGUGAGAAAGAGGUGUCUGCUUUGACAUCUGCAGUGAAAGCAAUCAACCUUGAGGAAGAGCAGGACCAGCUGUGGGGACAAAAUUCUCAAACUCCACCAGCCUGGAGGCCCAGCGAGUGGAAGAAGCACCAUGACGAAGUCCUUCAAAAAUUAGUAAGUGGGCGUAUGGAUAAUCCAUCAAGCCCCAUUGGUGAUCAGGUGAACCAGUCAUCUAUAGAGGCAGACAUCCAGUCCAUGGGCAAACAGCUGAAGAAGGACAUGGAGUGGGUGGUGGAGGUUGUGAAGAACUGCUACCCACCAGAGAUGGACAUCUGUAACUUUUAUGCAAGACUGUACCAUCAAACUUUCAGCGCAAGACUCAAAAAGAUUGCAGACUUAAUCCUUGAAAAACCUGAGCUGGCCAGUAAUAUCAAUACUGAAGCGCUGGGAAACCUGCUUCCUGACGACUUACUGAAACCUCUGGAGGAGCACAAAGCUUUCAUAAAGGCAAACCUCAGCUGUGUCGAACAGUUCAGGGACUUCUUUGUGGAGCACGAUCUGUUCCCAGAGGAUGUGAAGAAAAAAUGUUUGCAGGUCCUGACUGAGAUGAAACAGUCUGCCCACACUUAUUUAUUAACCCCUGUGCACAAGAUCCUCAAACCACACUACCAGAAACUGGGAACCAGUGACUGGCUGAAGAAGAAGACGUUUGAGAAGCUGCUGAACAGCACUGAAGACGAGCUUCAAGAACUUCAGGGUUCGAGUCAGUCCUCUUACCAGGAGCUGAUUGGUCAGCUUCACCAGGAAGUGACAGUGGAAUAUGUCCAGAGGCUCCUGAAAGGAAAAGUCAAAUUAAAGAACACCAAAAAGCAGCUGAAGGCUUACGAGACUGUGAAAGAAAAUGCCGAGAAACUGCACGAGCUGUUUGCCAGAAUGGUGAGACUUGAUCUUUAA